AUGGAAACCUCAGGAGUGCAGUUGACUGUUGCAGAUGAUCAUGUUGUCAUAGAUAACGGGAUUGUUGAAGUAACUUUGUCGAAUCCAGGUGGAGUUCUCAAGCAGAUAAAGUAUGGAGGAAUUGACAAUUUGCUGGAACUCAAUUACAAAGAUUUGAAAGGAGGGAUUGAAGGAACCGCUUUAAGGGUUAUAGUUCAAAAGGAUGAGCAAGUUGAGCUCUCAUUCCCAAGAGUCUGGAGUCCUUCAGUCAAGGGAACACAAGCUCCUCUGUCUAUUGAUAGGUGGUCUUUUACUCUUUUCUAUCAGCAUUUCAGAAACUCCCCAUGUAAUGAAAAGAUAUUUCACACUUCACAUUACGCUGGAGAAGACCUUCUGAUGAAGUUUGAAGAUGGUGAGGUUUGGAAGAAAGUGUUGGGACCUGUUUGUAUCUAUCUUAAUUCUGCUUCGAAGGGAGCAGAAGCAGCGGCUUUCUGGGAUGACACCAAAGAACAGAUGAACAAAGAAGUCCAAUCAUGGCCAUAUGCAUUUCCAGCUUCAGAAGAUUUUCCUAAGACAGAUGAGAGGGGAUCAGUCAGUGGCAAAUUAUUAGUACAAGACAGGUCUGCACCCUCAGUUCUUUUAUUCUCCACUUUCACCUUCGACAAUCAAGUACCUCAACAAGGAAGCCAUACCAGCACCUGCAGAUAUGUUGGAGUAGCAGCUCCAGGGAUUGAAGGUUCCUGGCAAAGAGAGAGCAAGGAAUAUCAGUUUUGGACCACUGUGGCUAGUGAUGGCUCUUUUAUCAUAAAUAACAUACGUCCCGGCAACUAUAAUCUUUAUGCUUGGGUGCCUGGUUACAUUGGAGACUAUAAAUAUGCAACUGAAAUCAAUAUAACAGCAGGCUCUGAAAUUCAGGUGGGUGAAACUGUGUAUGAGCCCCCAAGAGAUGGUCCUACACUCUGGGAAAUCGGCAUCCCUGAUCGCUCUGCUGCAGAGUUUUACAUUCCUGAUCCAAACCCUAAGUAUAUCAAUAGACUUUAUGUGAAUCACCCAGACAGGUUUAGACAGUAUGGAUUAUGGGAAAGUGAUUACAAGAAAGACUGGUUCUUUGCUCAGGUUACCAGGAAAUCGGGUGAGAACGAGUACAAGAGCACAACAUGGCAAAUCAAGUUCAACAUUGACGCCGUUGAACAAACAGGAACCUAUAAGCUGCGAAUAGCAUUGGCAUCUGCACACAAUUCUGACAUUCAGGUGGUCAUUUCCAAUGGAAUACUCCAACUUACUUUCACAAAUCCAGGGGGCAUUAUCACUCAAAUCCAAUAUGGUGGAAUUGACAACCUACUGGAGCUUAAUAAUCCAAGUCUAAAUGGAGGAUUCUGGGACCUAAACUGGAGUAAAGCUGGAAGUUCAGGAACAAGAGGAGACUUUGAUACAAUCGAAGGAACUACUUUUAGAGUUAUUGUUGAGAAUGAUGAACAAGUAGAAAUAUCAUUCACAAGAACGUGGGAUCCGUCACAACAGGGCGAUCACUCUCCUUUGAACAUUGAUAAAAGGUUCAUUUUGCUCCGAGGCUGCUCGGGCUUCUACUCUUACGCCAUCUAUGAACACAGUGCUGACAUGCCUGCAUUCAACCUCAAUGAAACCAGGAUAGCAUUCAUGCUCAAAAUUGACAAGUUUCAUUACAUGGCGUUAUCAGAUGACCGGCAAAGGUACCUGCCACUACCGGAUGACAGAUUAGCCCCGAGGGGCAAAGAAUUGGCUUAUCCAGAAGCAGUGUUGCUCGUGGAUCCUGUUGAACCAGAAUUCAAAGGAGAAGUUGAUGAUAAGUACCUGUAUUCUUGUGAGAACAAAGACAACAAGGUGCAUGGAUUCAUUUCAAUGGAGCCAUCUGUUGGUUUCUGGCAAAUUACACCAAGCAAUGAGUUCAGGACUGGAGGACCAAUCAAGCAGGACCUUACAUCUCAUGUCAACCCGACCACACUUGCUAUGUUUGUAAGCACACAUUAUGGAGGAGAAGAUUUGGUGAUCAAAUUUGGCAAAGGUGAGCCAUGGAAGAAAGUUUUUGGGCCAGUGUUCAUCUACCUCAAUUGUGUUUCGGACCAAGCUGACGCACUUACACUCUGGGAUGAUGCCAAAAGACAGAUGAAUCAAGAGGUUCAAAGUUGGCCAUACAGUUUUCCAGAUUCAGCAGACUUUCCGAAAGCUGAUCAAAGGGGUUGUUUAAGUGGAAGAUUACUAGUGAAAGAAAGUCUAGCAUAUUUAGAAACAAAUUUACCAUUUCUCUCCGAUGCCCAUAUCGGCCUAGCUCCACCAGGAAACAUUGGAUCAUUUCAGAAAGAAUGCAAGGGCUACCAGUUCUGGACAAAGACUGAUAACCAAGGAUGCUUCUCAAUCAACAAUAUUCGCCCUGGUGAUUACAAUAUCUAUGCAUGGGUUCCGGGUUUCAUUGGAGAUUACCAAAGCGAAUCCAUCAUCACCAUUACUGCAGGGUGCAGAAUUGAUCUGGAAGAAGAUGUUAUAUUCAUUCCUCCUAGAGAUGGACCAACAUUGUGGGAAAUUGGCAUCCCUGAUCGGUCUGCUGCUGAAUUCUACAUUCCUGAUCCCAACCCAGAAUACAUCAAUAAGCUUUACAUAAAUCUUCCAGAACACAAAUUCAGGCAAUAUGGGUUGUGGGAGAGAUACGCAGAGCUAUACCCAGAUGGUGAUUUGGUCUACACAGUUGGAACCAGUGAUUAUCAUAAAGAUUGGUUCUAUGCUCAUGUUAACAGAAAGAUAGGAACCAACUCCUUCCAAUCAGCAACAUGGCAGAUAAAAUUUGAGGUUGACAAUGUUGUUCAAUCUGGAACUUACAAACUUCGAAUUGCUCUGGCUUCAGCUAAUGUUUCUGAGUUGCAGGUGAGGGUUAAUAGUCCAAAAGAAGAUCCACCCCAUUUCAGUACAGGAACAAUAGGAACAGAUAACGCCAUUGCAAGACAUGGAAUUCAUGGAUUAUAUUGGCUAUUCAAUGUAGAUAUUCAGGCAUCUCAACUUCUGGAAGGCAACAACACAAUAUACCUUACCCAAGCCAAAAAUGAUACAGCUCUCCAUGGGAUUAUGUAUGAUUAUAUUCGUUUGGAAUGCCCUGCCCCUGAAAAUGGUUUCUGA